GCGAGACAGGCAGCGGAGAUCAGCUCACAGGCUUUGGAUGAAGAUUAUCACCACAUAACUGCAUUUAAUCAGCCAAAAACUUCAAUUUAUGGCUGAAGAGGUCAGAGGGGAUUUCAAGACCACACAUGAGAAGAGGGAGCUUUCAAAAUGGGAACUGAGUUUUUUCACCAAGUAAAGGAAUAUUAUUUUUCAGUGUCUGGGACUAAACUGAUCUAAACUGAUAUUUCACUGACUUUAUUCCUUUUAAAGCUUUUUUCUCCUUUUUAAAAAACAAAACAAAACAAAAAACAUCACAUUAUGGACCUUUCAGGUUCUUUGCCACCACCCUCUCCCUACACCUUCCCUUUUAUCUCCAAUUUCUCUGUGCCUUCCUCCUCUCCUUCCAUCUCUCCAUCACCCAGUUUGGCAUCCACAGUUCUCUUCUGCUCCUUCCUCUCUCUCCUCUCCUUGCUGGGCAUCACAGGAAACCUCUACACUUUGGUCCUCCUUCUGAGGCGCAGAAGAAGAAGCAGGAGAAGAUGUGGAGCAUUACCAGCCUGCUGCCUGACAAGACUACCUGUACCAUCAUGCCUUGCCAACUCCAACUCUCCUACCUCCUCUACCUCCUCCUCCUCUCUUCACCUCCAGGUGCUGAGUCUUGCUCUAGCUGACCUGUUGUAUCUUUUCACCGCACCUUUCAUCGUGUAUGACAGCCUGGCAUCUGGCUGGGCCUUUGGCGAGCUUGGAUGCCGCCUCCUGCUGAGCCUGGAUCUCCUCACCAUGCACGCCUCCAUCUUUACUCUCACCGCCAUGAGUUUGGACCGUUACAGGGCUGUGGCUGACCCACUACACACUUCAUCCUCCAACUCCUCCAAGUUGCUGCGCGUAGGCCUCGCCUGGGGGCUAGCGGUGGCUCUAAGCCUGCCCAUGAUGAUCACACUGCACCUGGAAGAUGGGGAUGACCAGGAGGGUCAGCUGUGCGUCCCAGCAUGGGAUGAGGAGAGCUCCAAAGCCUAUCUGACUGUGCUAUUCUGCACUAGCAUUCUCGGUCCCGGGCUGGCCAUUGGCGCACUUUAUGCAACACUGGGUCGCCUUUACUGGGUGUCACAGACACAACCAGCCUGGGCCACUGACAACAACAAUGCUUGUCCUCCUCGUGCUCCCAAACCCAAAGUCCUGCUCCUCAUCCUGGGGAUUGUCCUGGCCUUUUGGGCCUGCUUUCUUCCCUUCUGGAUCUGGCAGCUGCUGCCUCUCUACAAGCCUGAUAUGCUGCGGACAGUCCCAGUGGGCACACAGGUGACAGUGAAUCGUAUCCUCACAGGUCUGACUUAUGGAAACUCUUGUGUGAAUCCAUUCUUUUACACACUGUUGACUGGAAAAAGAAAAAGCAACCGACAGCUGCUGACAUCAGCAAAUCAGCUGUGCCGCAAAAGCAGCUCUCUGGAGUAGUGUCUUUUCCACUAUAAUAAUAGACCAUAAUGUGAGUGUGUGUGCAUGUAUAUGUGCACAUACAGGUACUGUAUAUGGAUGCUUUAUAAUAGACACCAAAGAUCAUUCACUUCAUCUUAGCCUGCAAACCAGGGAAGUAGAAUAACAUUAACCAAAUGAUAGCACUUUGCAAAAAUGCUUUGUAAA